AUGACUGUCCCCGACGAGGUUGAUAUCAUCGUGUGUGGAGGUGGCAGUUCAGGAUGUGUUCCUGCUGGACGUCUUGCCAACCUGGACCACAAACUCCAGGUCCUCCUGGUUGAGGCCGGAGAGAGCAACCUCAACAACCCCUGGGUCUAUCGUCCUGGCAUCUACCCAAAGAAUAUGAAGUUGGACUCCAAGACAGCUACUUUCUAUUACUCCCGCCCCUCUGAGUACCUGGAUGGACGUCGAGCUGUUGUUCCCUGCGCCCAUAUCCUCGGUGGAGGCAGUUCGAUCAACUUUAUGAUGUACACCCGGGCGUCAGCAAGUGAUUAUGACGACUUCAAAAUGAAGGGAUGGACGACCAAGGAGCUGAUUCCGUUGAUGAAGAAGCACGAGACAUACCAGCGUGCUUGUAACAACCGGGAUCUCCACGGGUUCGAAGGCCCGAUCAAGGUCUCGUUCGGCAACUACACCUACCCCAUCAUGCAAGACUUCCUCCGAGCAGCUGAGAGCUUGGGCUUCCCAGUCACAGAUGACCUUCAGGACCUCGUUACCGGCCAUGGUGCUGAGCAUUGGCUGAAGUGGAUCAACCGAGACACUGGUCGACGUUCUGAUGCCGCCCAUGCGUACAUCCACGCUACUCGUGCCAAGUACCAGAACCUCCAUCUUCAAUGCAACACAAAGGUCGACAGAGUCGUGAUCGAAAAUGGCACAGCUGUCGGUGUCAUCACCGUGCCUACCAAACCUAUUGGUGGUAAAGAUGUUCCUCGCAGGUUCUUCAAGGCCCGCAAGCUGGUCAUUGUCAGCUGCGGUACUCUGAGCUCACCUCUUGUGCUCCAGCGAUCUGGUAUUGGUGACCCAGAGAAGCUCAAAAAGGCUGGUGUCAAGCCUAUUGUUGAGCUCCCAGGGGUGGGUCUCAACUUCCAGGACCAUUACCUCACGUUUGCCACCUACCGAGCUACUCCAGACACCGAGUCUUUCGAUGACUUUGCUCGAGGUGUUCCCGAGGUCCAAAAGGCCGUCUUUGAUGAAUGGAACCUCAAGGGUACGGGUCCACUGGCCACCAACGGCAUCGAAGCUGGUGUCAAGUCACGCCCUACUGAGGAAGAACUUGAGGAGAUGAAGAGCUGGCCAACACCAGACUUCAGCCCAAGCGGAUGGGAGAGCUACUUCAAGAACAAGCCAGACAAGCCAGUCAUGCACUACAGUGUCAUUGCUGGUUGGUUCGGUGACCACUUGGACAUGCCCGCCGGCAAGUUCUUCACCAUGUUCCACUUCUUGGAGUAUCCCUUCUCUCGUGGCUUCACGCACAUUACCUCUCCAGAUCCAUACGAGGCUCCUGACUUCGAUGCUGGGUUCAUGAAUGACAAGCGUGACAUGGCACCGAUGGUUUGGGGCUACAUCCAAUCUCGUGAGACUGCUCGGCGCAUGCGAGCCUAUGCUGGUGAGGUCACCGCGAUGCACCCUCACUUCAAGUUCGAUUCACCUGCUCGUGCACUGGAUAUGGACUUGGCUACGCGCAAUGCCUAUGCUGGUCCCAACCACAUCACUGCCAACAUUCAACAUGGUAGCUGGACCGCCCCACUUGCGUCAGGCAAGGCCACAGAGCCCAACUGGCUCAACUCCAACUGCCAGGAAGACCGCUCUGGCAAGCUCAAAUACACCAAGGAGGACAUCGCGCUGAUCGAGAAAUGGGUCCAACGCCACUGCGAGACUACCUGGCACUCUCUUGGAACUUGUAGCAUGGGUCCAAAGGAUGGCAAUGACGUCGUCAAGCAUGGUGUCUUGGACGAGAGAUUGAACGUCCACGGCGUCAAGAACCUGAAAGUGUCUGAUCUCAGUGUCUGUCCCGACAACGUUGGCUGCAACACUUUCUCGACUGCCCUACUCAUCGGUGAGAAGUGUGCUGUCCUUGCUGCUGAGGAUCUUGGCUACAGCGGAGCUGCUUUGGACAUGAAGAUCCCAACAUACCACGCACCUGGCGAGUCUGUUGGCCUUGCUCGGUUGUAG